AGAGGGGAAAGCAAACAAUUUUCAGGCCCGCCGCGUCUAGCAAAAAAUAUGAGAAAAAAAUUAUAAAAAAUUCGGAAAAUAGUUGAAAGUCAAGAAAAACUCCGUAGAAAGGAUGUUAAGGCUCCUGGGGCGCCUGAGUCCUGGCGGUGUUGAGCACAUAAAACUGGAGAGAGAACAAGCGUCGUUGACAGUAGGUGGGCACCGCGUCCUUGUCCAACCAGCCGCGCUGCCCUAGGGUGCCAUGGCCACGGGAACCCAGGGGCACUUAGACCACGUUCCGGAUAAAGCCAGGCUCGCGGCGGCCACAGGGAGGCGCAAAAGAGCGGAGGGGGGCAAGCCCAGGAAGAACUUCCCCUGUCAGCUGUGCGAGAAGGCUUUCAACAGCGUGGAGAAGCUAAAGGUGCACUCCUACUCACACACAGGAGAGAGACCGUACCGGUGCUCCCAUCAGGACUGCACCAAGGCCUUUGUCUCCAAAUACAAGCUGCAACGGCAUAUGGCAACACACUCGUCAGAGAAAACCCACAAGUGUACGUACUGUGAGAAAAUGUUCCACCGCAAGGAUCACUUGAAGAACCACCUGCACACUCACGACCCCAACAAGGAGGCCUUCGCCUGCCAGGAGUGCGGCAAGAGCUACAACACCAAGCUGGGCUUCAAGCGUCACCUGGCCCUUCAUGCGGCCAACAGCGGAGACCUCACCUGCCAGGUGUGCCUUCAGCCAUUCGCCAGCACCGGCCUUCUUCUGGAGCACCUUAAGACCCACGCCGGCAAGUCUUCGGGCGGCACCAAAGAGAAGAAGCAUCGGUGCGAGCACUGCGAGCGCCGCUUCUACACACGCAAGGACGUGCGCCGCCACAUGGUGGUGCACACAGGCCGCAAGGACUUCCUGUGCCAGUACUGCGCCCAGCGCUUUGGCAGGAAGGACCACCUGACGCGCCACAUGAAGAAGAGCCACGCCCGUGAGCUGCUGAGGGUCAAGACGGAGCCGGCCGAUUCGCUGGACUCACCCUUCUCCUGCGGGCUAGCCGGAGGCGUCAAGGGCGAGCUGGCCACCAUGUCGACGCCGCACAGGCAGCUCCAGCUCAACCUGUACGGUGGCCCUCUGCUGCCCCAGCACCACUGCCCCACCAUGCCCCCCCUGGACACAGAGCCCAACCCCCCACACCCCUUCCCCCUAAAGUACCAGCUGGGCUCUAACCUUACCUCAUACUCCGUCUCCACUCUGGAGAGGGAGCAACAUCUAAAGGGAGAACUGGAGACGUAUCUGAUGGAACUGCAGAGCGGCAUGCCGUCCUCCUCGGCCGAGGGGGCUCAGCUAUCCUCCGCCUCCAAACUGGAGUUAGACUCCCAGGUGGGCUCGUUGGACGAGACCUCGUCUGACGAGGCAUCUCUGUCCAAAAUCUCGGCGGCAGCGGGCGAGUCGCUGGCCUCCUCCUCGUUGCUCGACUUCUCACAGCUCUUCAACUUCCUGCCCUUGAACAGCCCUCCUUAUGGGCACCAGGUGACAGGCGGUGGGGGUCUAGGUGGGGUCCCCUUCCCGCCAGAGGAGGCGCUGUCUCUCGUCCAGCUUCCGCCCCAGCCCCUUGAUUCUCACGAGGUGACAGGGAGUGGGGAGGAUGUAAGCCCCCUCCACAGCCUCUCCUCCUCCUACAGCUCUAACCUGAGCACAACCACCACACUGCCCCGCUUUCACCAGGCCUUCCAGUGACACAACACACACGCAUUCACACACACUUACACACGUACAGUAAACACACACAGGCUGAUAAAAAAUUAUAUUCUGCAAAUUAUUAUUUUCAUGCCAGUAACACAUUUUUGAAUAUGUCUGCACAAAACUAUAACGUAAUAGCACUUCUGUUCAACAGUUAUGGGAUUCUACACAUACAGAUACUGACACAGUAUAUUAGAUGUAUGGGUGAGUAUCAGCACUGACACAUACCACAUACACAAGUCGUUUAGCUCAACCACAUAGCUCAAGCCAUGGGAUAAUGGUUGACAUUUCAUGUGGUUAGUGUCAACAAUACUAUAUCUUCACCGCCCUUGCAAAUUCACCACUAUAAUGUUGAUGACCAACACAGUCCAUUUUAGUUCAAACAACAGUUAAACAUAACUAGGGUUUUGGAGUUUUACAUAGAGGAAUUUACUUAGGAAUGUGAUUGCAGUGAUGUAUUUCUACCCAUCUAUAUUCUUAACUCCCUUUACCUUGGAGUAGAUUGAACCUAGUAUGUAGAUGUAACCAUAUUUUCAUAUAGAACUUUGUACUUUUGUGUGAUGUUGAAUGUCCUCACCGCUAACCAUUUUUUAAAUGUCUUUAUCUCUUUGUUUUGUUUUAAGAUUUAUAGCAAUGCAAUCAUAUGUUUUUAGACAUAAGGUACUGAAAAGCCCCUUGUGGAAUGUAGUGUGAGAAUCAUCCUUGUUCCCCAUCAAAACCAAAGUCAACCAAAUAUCGACUGAGUUGUCAGGCAGAAUAGUGUCAUGGUAUCGCUGAUGGUUGUAAAUGUUGCUGCUGCUUAGUAGUUCCCCUAUAGGCCGAUGGGAUAACUCAGCUAUAGAUAGACUAAGUUGUUCUUCCUCAUUUCAUUUUAUUUCAUAUAAAAGGGACAAGAUAAUAUAAAAUUUUUAUGGCAAGAAUGUAAUCGUAGGCUUGAUUCCAUUUCGGCCCCUAGCCCUUCGCUGCUUCAUACCCCUUGGUCAAAAUUGCUAAAGGACCGAAAUGGAACCAGACCGUAGAAACAACAUUAAAGCACUGCCACAUAACUGGGGUCAAUUUGUCUUUCCUCAUUCUACCGGUUUUAGUACCGGAUAUGAGGUUAGAAAUAGUUUGGGGAGCUUUAACUCAAUCAUUGCCUGGCUACCCAAACUCCAAGCUCCAGCCAAACGCUAUUGGCCUGAGCACCUCCCCGACGAUUUCUAGAACGCAAACUUAUUCUAACUGUUCUGAUUGGUCCCAGAAACGGAUGGGUUGGGCCAGAGCCAGAACACACGUGGGUAAAGCGGCGUUUAGAAAAUUGGUCAUUGGCUUUGAUACUCUAAUUGGUUAAAGAUGAUCCAAUUGCUGAUGAUUUUGUUUUGUACAACAGCCCUCAUUUUGAUGUCACCACAAACAACUUCAACGAUGGCAGUCUCAAUCUGAAGUAUGUGGCGAACAUAGAGCAGUGGAAGAAUUCCAUUUGAGUCGUCAGGCAAACCCAAUCAUGCAUCAAAUCAAGGAUAAUGUUAGCAAUAUUUAAUCCGCAGGAAACAGUGUAGUAGAAUCACCAGUUAAAAAAGAAAAAUAUGUCCAGUGUGCAGUUUGAAGAGCUAGAUGGGUAUCUUUAAAAAGGUAUCUGGACACUUUGUAUCAGUAUGCUAAGGUUUGUGUGAGCCUACAUCACGUGUUUGUGUUUCCAGCCAAAGGGCUAGUAUGUGAUUGCAGAGGUGAGGACCCUCACGUAGAAAAUCUGGGAGGCUGUGUAGAGCGGUCAGAACAGAACUGCCUGUUACAACUCAUCUAGGUGGUGUGAUGGAUUAGUAAUGUCUGAAUGUGUGAAUGGGAGAUUUGUGCCUCACACAUGCAGAAAUUCAGAGUAGUGAAUGCAAAAGCACUUUUAAUGUAAUAUGUGACACAUUGUUCAUUCACUCAGAGCAAAGGGAUGUCCCAAUUUUACAUUUCAAGUCAGUAUCCAGUAAUCCAAGAUUAUCUUCAAGGCCCAUAAUACAAUUACAAUAUUUUGGUUUUUAUUUAUUUUAUUUUGUGUUUUUUUAUUGACAGGUAAAUACAAUAUUACAGCCAGCCAGAUUCCUCUUGUUAUACUAUUCACAAAGAAGGAACCCUCUCAAAUAUAAGUAUUCCGACCAAUGGCAACCAGCAUAUCAGCUCAGUACAGAAAAUGCUUCUCUACAAAUGCUGAGACAGAAACACAGCUACUUUAUCUUACCAGUCCCUGAAGUAGCCCCUUAGCGCCAAUUUAAACAGUUGUUUUGACAUUGUAUGUAAGGUUUAGAUAAAGUACUGUAUUCUACACCUCUGCAUGAUAUGAACUUGGCUGGAGUUCAUACUUGGCCGCCACGGUUGAAGAGUGUUCAUGAAGGAUUUGGUUUUUAGUGUCUCUAAAUGAUCUUGUCAAUUUUGUACGAUGUGUUGUAUAGUGCUGUAUGAUAUAGAAACUAGAGGAAUAUCCCAGCAAUGAUGAAAUAUGGAUGACAGGUCUGGUCUGGUCAAGAAGUGACAGUCCCAGAAUUGUCUCUGAGCGAGAUGCUGUAACACUGUGCUGAGAGACACUGACCCUGCUGCUGUCAAACAGUUCCUGAACAACUACAGUACAAGUCAAAAGUUUGGGCACACCUACUCAUUCAAGGGUUUUUCGAUGGAGUGCUGCAUCAGAUGACCUGGCCUCCACAAUCACCUAACCUCAACCCAAUUGGGAUGGUUUGGGAUGAGUUGGAACGCAGAGUGAAGGAAAAGCAGGCAACAAGGGAUCAGCAUAUGUGGGAAGUCCUUCAAGACUGUUGGAAAAGAAUUCCAGGUGAAACUGGUUGAGAGAAUGCCAAGAGUGUGCAAAGCUGUCAUCAAGGCAAAGGGUGGCUACUUUGAAGAAUCUCAAAUGUAAAAUAUAUGUUGAUUUGUUUAACACUUUUUUUGGUUACUACAUUAUUCCAAAUGUGUUAUUUCAUAGUUUUGAUGUCUUCACUAUUAUUCUACAAUGUAGAAAAUAGUAGAAAUUAAGAAAAACCCUUGAAUGAGUAGGUGUGUCCAAACUUUUGACUGGUACUGUAUGUAAGAUGAAACAGCUUAGGUCACUGCCAGAAUAAUGUCAGUCUUUAGGAACUUGUGUACUUGGCACUGUGUGCUUGUGCAUGUAUGCGUGCAUGUGCAUCUGUAAAUCUAAACGCCUAUGUUUCUGCUUUGUUCAGUGAUAGUGUAUGGAAGAUGUUUUCAGUUACAACUUAGAUCUUAGUAGCCAGAUCAAUUCAAUCCCAUCAUCGAAGGAAUGAUAUUGAUAUCCCUGGGAUGUAAUGCUAUGAUGAUAGAGGUUUGGCUUCAGGUAAAAGUCAACCUUUGGCCUUAAUGGAUAUCUAUUACAGUAUUUUUUACCCUCGUUCGAGACGUGCCAUUUAUAGGUGUCUUUGCCUCACUCAAAGGGAGAUGAGGACCUCACAGACACCUUUCAACCACGUUCAUUUCAGUACAGCAGGGCCGAUUACAUGCAAGUGUGCAAAUGUGCCUCUAGCGUUCUGAACAAUAGCAGUAACGUACUGCAUAUCCAUUUGAAUUAAUCAAGUUUUACUAUUUAAUUCUCUCAUGUAAACCAUAAUCAGUUUUAUAAAUAGAUCCCAUUGAAAUAAUUAUAUAUUAUAUUAAAAACAUUAGUGGGGGAACUGUUUUGAUAUAUUUCUACUAAAUCUUUCAUGCUCACAUAGGCCAACUCUGUAAGUUCAUGUAACCUAUGGGAGUGGAUAUUAAUUUGAUUGAUUUCUAAUGACUGAAAAAGUACAGUAGCUGGGCUGUUCAUUUACAGUGAGGUCCACUUUAGGUUGCAACUUCAGCUUUAUCUCCAACUUGUAUGUUUCAAAAAAGACUAUGCUCAGUUUGGACUGUAUAUCACAACCUUUCAAAUUGUGUGAAUGUACAAUUGGUAUACAGUGUUUACUUAGCUCAUGCAUUUGACAUAAUACAGACUCCAGCAGUGUUUUCCCUUGGAGCAAAAAAUGUGCAAACUCACAUUGUUUUACUCUGUUAAAAAUAACCAUUAAGGAAAAACACUUAUUUGAAUCCUCCAUGUUCCUUAAACAUUUCUUGAAUGAAAACAAUAUCACUUUAGUUAGGGCCACGGGAUGUCAUUGAAAGGGGGAGCUGAAUGCCUGUGUAAUGUUUUCAAGUGUUAUGGGGUUGAGUGCUAUCAAUGUAUCUUGAAGGUUUGUGGUUUUACAUAAAAUGUUUGGUAAGCCUCUAUAUAGGGCAGAUUCUUCUAUAAUCGUAGCACUUUCGGAAAAUGUUAUGCCUUUGUUUCCUCCAGUACUUUUUUUCUUGUUUAAAAUUCCUUUAUUACAAAGUAUAGAUGUCAUAUUUAGCUCUUUAGAAAAAGUUAACGUGUAAAUACAAUAUUAAAUGUUUUAUUUUUUACAGGUACAAUUUUUACAGUGUUUUACUAUCAUUAAGUGUCAUUUGCUUUACUUGCACAAAUGUUCUGUGUGUCUCAUUGAGGGAUCUAUCUGUCGGAUAGUAAAGACUAUUUUCACAUCAUUGCUGCCAUUUCAAAUAUGCCACAUUUCUUACCAUCUAUAUCUAUGCUGGCAAUUUGUUUGGCUUUUAACCCUUGAUAAAGUAUUAAGAGAGCUAGUGUAUGUAGCUAUCCCAGUAUUUACACUUAAACACACUUGGUUGCCUUAAACAUGAUUUUUUAAUUGUCAGGUUGGACUAAAGGUAUUGGAGUAACUUUUAUAAGGCUCAAGUGCUUGGGGACACUGAUAUUUUCAUAUACUUUUUUUAUCCCCAAUAUUUAACACUUUUAUUGUUCCCUGAUGGAUGACUGAAUAUCUGGUUGGAGGGGUUUCUUCAGUGAGAGACACAGACCUUUAGCAAUUCAUGUCAACCUUCAUUAUAAGCUUCAGUGGUGCCAGUGAACCAUGUUGAAUGUGUAUGUAAGAAACACUGCAAUAUUGCAAUAUUUUGGUAUUGGAUCAAGCUGCUAAUGGAUACUUCUAAAGCUCCUUAAGGUGCUACAGACCUCUUUUCUAGUUCUUUGUUUUGUUUUUACAAAAAUAUAAAAUUGAGUUGUAUGGUCGGCAUGUGUGUGCCUGGUUGUUUUCAUAUACAUAUAUUUUUUGUACUGUGACUAUUUGUGGCCUUGUAUGGACUUGCCUGAAAUGUCACAUGCUUCUCUCCUUCACUUUGAAUGGCGGUGUGAUGGGGGAACCUUUGUCAUCCUGGUGAUUGACAUGAAAGGGCUUGGGAGAGUGUUCACUUGUUGCCUCAGUAUAAAAUCAGGCUGAGAUUACCUUGAUGAAGAUGAUGAUGAAGAAGAUAAUGACUCCACGAUAGGGGACACGUUUUUUUAAAGGACUAGUAGUACUUAUAGCGAGGGAUUUGUUCAGAGGCAAACUGCAUUCCAGCCAUGUUGGUUUUGUUGUUCAUUGCAAUGCCAUCCUGUGAGAAUGGACUCAUGUUGCUAAUCAUGUAUAUUUUACUUAAAAUCUAUUUUACAAACUACUGUUGUACUUGUAUAAAUAUAGGCAAAAUAAUUCAUAUAUUUGUGUAUAAGUUGUGUAAAAUAGAAAUUAACGCUGCAGCUUUUUAUAAAUUUUCUAACAUUGACAUCAUCCAAAGAGACAGAUUAUUUAUUAUCUGGCUGAGUAACCUGAUUUGUUUUCAUACUACCUUGCUGCUAUGAGAGAGAAGAGCUGCAGUCUUCAACUCCACUGUUAUUACACAGUGUAAUGAAAGCUCAAUAAACAUAAAAGAAGGAUUCAUGCAAAAGUC